UAAUUAUUAGACUAUUAGUCAAUUAGGCAACCAGAAGUUGGAUAACCAACUGAAUUAAUCCAAACCCAUCCUCACCUCAAGUCAUCUCAUUCAUGUGUGAUGUGCUGCUGCUAUAUGUAUAUAUACACACACAUAUGCAUUAGCUGUUAACAGAAACAUCAUACAAAUUAACAACACAAGAAACAACUGCGUUCUCAAGGAAACUUUGGAAAAUGGCUAAGUACCAAAACAAUGCACUAGUAAUACUAGCUUUUGCCGGCAUCAUGGCGCAGGAAGGAAUGUUAAUGGUGGCUGCUGCUCAAGGAGACACGUCUUGCCUCAGUCAGCUUGCUCCUUGCCUCAACUACCUGAAUGGAACCCGUCACCCGCCCGACAAUUGUUGCGAUCCUCUCAAAUCGAUGAUAAAGUCUAAUCCACAAUGUUUGUGUAGUAUGAUCAGCAACCGGGCCACCAAUCAAGCUGAGCAAGCCGGCAUCAAUAUCAACGAGGCUCAGCAGUUGCCUGGAAGAUGUGGUGAACGUGUCAACCCGCUCGCCUGCCUUUCAACAGGUUCUCCUCCUAGUCGUGCUCCUAGUAAUUCCAGGAACUCAGUUCCAAAUUCUGCAAACGAUGCCUUUUCGUUGCUCUCUCGUGGAAGCCUGGCGGCCACAGCUCUAUCGUCGUCUCUUCAGAUUCUUCUAUUUAUUGGGUAAAGAGAAGAGGGGAUCGUGGUCGUUGGUGACGUCGACGGAAAGUGUCACUGGUGCUUGGGUUGAGUUCACAGAGAACGGGAGACAGGAUGUAGAGAGUAUUGUUGAUAGUCGGUGAUUUCUGAGUUUCUUAGUUUUGUUUUUUUGUUUUUGUUUUUUCCAGUCAUUUAAGGGCAAAUUUAAAAGUUUAGUAGUGAGAAUUUAUUAGUUGGGUGUGAGACGAUAAUUGGGUUCAAAUAAAAUUUCUCAUUAGUUCGUAACAGUUUUGUGAUAAUCGAACCAACCAACAAAAAAAGUAUUAAGGCAGCAAAGACCAAUGCACCAAUUGCAAUACAAUAGAGUUGUAAUUCACUAGUUAUUACAGAUGCUA